AUGCAGUUUACAAACCAAACUAUUAGUGAAGGGAAGAAUGCCACAUUGGUGAACACCCAAUCUAUUAAUGAAGUGAAGAAUGAUACCAUGGUGAACUCUCAAGCAAUUGCCAAGAUGGAAGUUCAGCUUAGGCAAAUGGCAAAUCAGUUGGGUGAGAGAGAGAAGGGGAAGCUUCCCAGCCAGCCCGUGCCAAAUCCAAGGUUGCAGUUUCAAGGGGGAAGUUCAUCCAAUGCUGUGCAGGGGCAAGAACAUGUUCAAGCCAUUGUCUCACUUAGGUCAGGGAGACAAGUGGACAACCAAGUGGUUCUUCCUGAAGAGAACCCUGUUACACAACAAGAGCAAGGAAGUGGCAGCACAAAGGAGAAAGAUACUGAGCCAUCUACAUCCACUGUUGAGAUCCCUCCUAGGUCGUUUAUACCUAAGGCGCCCUACCCUAACAGAUUACUUGCGCCCAAGGAAGAAGGGAAGUUCAAGGACAUUCUAGAGGUAUUCAAGCAGAUCCUGCAAUGCAAGCUGCCCAUCAAGCACAAGGACCCUGGAUGUCCGACCAUCUCUUGCAUGAUAGGAGUUAGCCGCAUAGAGAAGGCUCUGCUAGAUCUUGGAGCAAGUGUCAACCUCCUACCUUAUUGGGUUUACCUGCAAUUGGGGUUAGGAGAACUGAAGCCUACCUCUAUGACGCUCCAAUUGGCUGAUCGGUCAGUGAAGAAUGUAGGGAUUCAAAUACCGGUGAUUCUAGGGCGUCCUUUCUUAGCCAUGGCUAACACCCUCAUCAAUUGUAGGACAGGGGCCAUGAAGAUCUCUUUUGGCAACAUAACAGUGGAGCUGAACAUCUUCGACAUCAGCAAACAACCAUUAGAGACUACUGAGAUUGGAAGUGCAUGCUUGAUUGAGGAGAUCAUCGAAGAUACUAUUGAUGAAACAAGCAUUGAGGACCCCCUGGGGGCUUGCUUUGCUCAAUUCAGAGAUGAUUUGGAUUUAGAUAAGCUACUUGAGCAAGCAAAUGCUAUGUUAGAGUUUGCUCCUCUGGAGAGUAGCAAGGAAGAGGAGGUAGCAUUACCUGAGCCUCCCUAG